CUGACGACGAAUGUUGGAUUAUAUAAUAAUCGAUUGUAAAAUGGAAUUAUAUGCGACGGAACGUGAACAUGUAGGUGUUUAGAAUUAUAAAGAGGCGAUAGCACUAAGGCAACAAUCAGAAAUUAAGCAUUAGAGUAUUACUCGUUGGAGAUACACAAUAAUGCAGAGUGUUUCUAGCAGUCGCGAGCAUAUUAUUCACACCAUGCACAGCAGGGACUACCUAAAGGGAAUAUUGCUGUGUUCUAGUACAAUACUGCUCACAAAGGGGGAUAUACAUGACAUACAUGUGCUCUAAUGGAGGACAACACUGGCUGCAAGAAUUAUUCUAGCUCGUUAAGAAGUAGCAGCAUUACGUUUUUGACAGAUGGCCCAUAAUGGACAAACCAACACCAAUACACAGACGCACGACUCUUUAGGUCCAGAAAAAUUUAUCCCAAUCUAUGUACUCGGGGCUGGUGUGGUCGGUGGUCUAAUCCUUGUCAUUACAGUUAUACUAUUUUGCAAAUACUGCAUAAAGAAAAAGAAAAUUAUAAGAAGGCAAAAUGUUAUUCGAAAGCACGAGAGUCCAAAUCGAACUACAUUCAGGCCAUACACAAAAUAUGAAAGAGUUGGAUCAUUUGGCGAACAGAAGGAGUGUUUGGAAAAGAGUUGUACCUCGAGUCCAACAAGUACUCGAAGCCACAAGAGUUUCCACUCCAAAUCUGAUCACGACCACGGUGAUUCUGACACAUUGCUCAAUGAAGAAGACAAUAUAGAUUACGCUGUAUUAAAAUACCAGGAAUCACUUAGAGACAAUUGUCACCCCGAUGACGAUCCAACAAAUUUGCUCAAUCAUGAUACAGAAGAUGAAAAAGUAAAAGGCGAUCAGGGAAGGCGACUAUCAUUCCAAUUAGCUAGACCCCAAGAAAACAUAUAUGUAGAUAAAGACCCAAAACGAUGUGCUUUCAAGAACUCAAGGCAAAGGUACACAGAUGGAGAUUUUCACCAUUUGAAGAUGACAAAGAUAGACAGAUCAUUGGAGCGGUCACCUAGAAUAGCAACCAUGAUCCACCAGAGUUCCGUUGGUGGGAUGACCGGACUGAGAUCAUAUAGCCUCCCUAACAGGAACUACAGAUCCGUCACUAAUGAUGAGAUGAUGGUUCUAAGUGAUUUAGAUGAAGAGAUGAAUUUUGAUGUUGAAGGAGCGACAUAUGUAACUGUACCUUACUCAGAACAAAGCUUGAUAGGCAGCAACGAAAGGGACGUAGUCGUAGAGAUACAUGAUACUCCCGGGAAAAGUGACGAGGACGAGGAAGGAGUAAAGUUAAUUCAUACGAAACCUAUUAUAGAAUCUAGAAGGAAUUUCGUCAGUGCAAGAAGUAACAGUUCUUUGCGUGAAUCUCAUGAUAUUCGAGAUCGAAUCAGUAUUGCAAGUCAGGGAAGCAUUAGCAGUAGAGAGAACUCCAGAGACUUUCAUAAAGGUAGCCUUGCGAGCGUGCGAGACCGAGAUGCUUUGACUAGUGUACGUAGUUCAGUUAGUCAUUCAAGAGAUACAAAUAGUAGUCAAGGUAGCUUGCGUAGUAGUAGUCGAGAUUCUAGGGAGCAUAAUAGCGAGCUUCAUUAUGGAAGUAUGGCAAGUAUGAGGAGUGCUUCUCGAGAAAGUACGCAUAGAGAUCAUGACAUGAGAAGCCAAACAUUCUCAAGAGAAAAUGCAACAAAAGAACAAGAUAAUGAACGAAGAACUAGAGGGCAUAGGGAAGUACUCUCAUCUCUCAAGAGAACAACCAUGGACGAGAAUAGAUCUGAAAGACAUAUACGAGAGCCAGAGAAACGUAAGUCCUCUAUUUCAAGUGACGUGCCUUCUGAAAAGGGUACGUUUAGUUCUAGAGAAAAUGACAAUGCCAUGUCUGGACAUAGUCGAUCUAACAGAAAUGACACAAGGGCACGAGGCGUUCGGAGUCACUCUUUCUCAAGGGAGAGCAGUUUUGACAAUGAUUCAAAUAGUCGAAAUCGUGACAUAAGAGACAUAAUGAAGCAAGGAAGGCAGCGUGCCGUUUCAAUCCAUAUAAAUUGCCAUUCGAGGCAAUCCAGCCCACCGAAAACGUUCAAUGUAGUCAAGCCCAAAUUUUCGCAAAGUUUAGAAGUGGUUAGUCCUCUGGAAAAAAUAUCCAUAAAAGACAACGACAGGCGAGUCCAAAGCUAUGAUGGCGAACUGUACGAAACAAAAGAAACAAGACGGUACCCUGUAGACCACUUGCAGAUUACACAGUUUAAUAACGGACCGUUCUACAAUGCUGACUUUGAAGUUAUGUCAGAGAAUAACUCCCCGCCAGCGUCUAAGAACAAAGUGCGAUAUAAUGACCCAGGGAGUUACGAGGACAUUAACAAUGAUACGAUAGUAGAUGAUAUGACUCUAUCCGAAAGUGAUGACACGGACACGCUUAAUGGUGCUCAAAAAUACCGUGACAUUUGGACUUUAAGAACAACAUUAGAAGAAGAGGAAGGAGAUGAGCUUAAAGAUACGAUAAUGGUAGAUUGUAUUACCUCUCCAUCUCCUGAUCAUUCUCCAGAACAGGAACACGCUAAUGCAUCACAUACAACUUCAUUUGAGUCUAACACUGAACCAGCACUUUACAUGGAAGAAAGUGACACAAAUCAGGACAAUGUACUGAUGGCUUCUAAUAAUCUACUUCAUCCGAACUAUGAAAAUCGGCGCAAAACCUACAGAAGUAUACUAACGAAGCGAUUGCAGAGGCUGGAACCAAAUACCAGUACAGAAAAUAGUUUUGAAACUAGCUUAGAAACAGAUGGUGACUUCUCUGAUACAAGCAGACACGAAGCCACAACAACUUCGUUUGAGUCAACAACUGACAAUACAGAUAGCACAAAUGAUAGUCAGACGCACAGAUUGCAGCAGAUGAAAGGGGACAGUGGUUACAAGUCGUUAGAGACAACAAAGUCAUUGGAGACGCAGGAAACUGCACCUCCAAAGAAUAAGAAGCAAAUCAGUUUUGCAGAUAGUCUUGAUGAGAAAGAUGAACCCAAGGUAUACGAAAGAAGGACUUCUAAAGAGUACACAUCGGAUAAACGGCGGCAAAACUCAGGCUCAGUGCCACUCAAUCAUAGUUUUGAGAGGGGUAAGACUGCAUCAAAGAAAAGAAGGGAAUAUCGCAAAGAAAGACAACUUGUUCAGGUAUAUGAGAGUAUCAACGAACCAGAGACAGACUCAAAAUCAGAUCAGGGUCCCUCUGGAGACAGUUUCGAUGAUGGUGGACAUCAAUAUAGCCAACCACCAAGUAAAUUCUCUGUUUUUACCAGAUUCUUUAAAUCUCACCAAAAAGAAAAGGAGCGUACUAAAAGUUUAUUUCAUAGAGACUAUAGUAUCGAUAUAAAAACAAAUAAUAUAUUUCAUGAGUUCCUUCGUGAAGAUCCAUAUGAGGAUAGUCUUAAAUUAAGAUCAUCGAGGAUACAAGGGCGCCAGCGUUUUCACCGUCUCCAUAAGAAACACACAGAGCCCGAUAUGCUUGAGAGCCGAAGAAGAAACAAACUUGUGCCAGAGAUGAGAAGCACAAGUCUAGGAUCUGAUAGCAGUGCCAGUUCUGUAUGGAGAUUAUCUCCUCAAGAAAGCAUAGAAGAAGAAUAUUUGCGAUCUGAAAGCUCCAGAACAUGGGGUUUAAGGAGGCCUAGUGAACCAACAAAAACCAUACAUGAAAUCCCAAUCAUUAAACUGCCAACGGAGGAUGAGGGGGCAGAAGUUUGAAAUUCAGUGAUAUUAUAUGCAUGCAUACGUUUUACUUUAAACACUGUGAUACACUCGUUUUUUUGGCUAAGGCCAGGGACAAUAUUCAUGAUUCUGAUCUAUGGUAUUUCAUAUUUUAAAUCAGCCAUUCAGGCCUAUAUUUUGAGAAUGUUACCCGUUUUACUUUAAUAUAAAUAGGGAAUAACUGCUUUUCUCUGUGAAGGCAAAUUCUGUUUGCAAAAUUGUUAAUUUUUAUAGUUUUUCAUUGAUAUAUCUCUUAAUUUCCAAGUUGU